AUGCUAGUAUGGAAUAUUCGGGGAAUUGCUGGCCGUGCCUCAAUUCGCCGUUUGAAGAAGCUGUUACGUUUACAUUCAGUAACUUUUCUAGUCAUCAUCGAGCCGAUGGUUGAUGCUGGUCUGCUAGAUGAUUUUACGUCCCGUUUUGGCUUUCACCUUAGGGUAUGUAACUCCUCCAAUAAAAUAUGGGUAAUGUGGCGGUCCGGUUUUGCUGUAAAUGUUUUAGUAAACAAUGACCAACUUAUUCACAUGCAAGUUUCCCAUGAUUCUUGGAACUUUGUUGCUCACAGGUCCUUUGUUUAUGGCAAAUGCUCACGAGUUGAACGUCGUGCCUUAUGGUCAGCCCUGGGAUUAAUAUCGGAGGAAAUGGAGACUAAGUCGUGGCUUGUAGGAGGCGAUUUCAAUGUUGUAGCUGCUGCUGAUGAAUAUGCCGGACAGGCUACACAAGACUUGACCGCAAUGGCUGAGUUUGCCGAAUGUAUAUCUGCUUGUGAUCUCAAAGAGAUUCCCUUCUCGGGCAGUCGUUACACUUGGACUGGUAUCCGCCAAGGCAGGAGAAUCUGGAAGCGUUUAGAUAGACUCCUGAUGAAUCUGGAAUGGCAACGUCGUUUCUAUGGCAGCGUAGUGAAACAUCUUAAUCGCGCUACCUCAGACCAUAGCCCACAGUUAUUGCAACUCUCCCCAGGGCUCCCCACUGGGCCGAAGUCGUUUCGCUUCCAAGACAUGUGGCUAAAUCACCACGGUUUCCUCAUGGUGGUUCGCCAGUGCUGGGAUCAACCGACUGAUGGAUAUGGAAUGUUUCGUUUUUUCCUCAAAUUGAAACGUUUAAAGCAAGCCUUGCGUACUUGGAACCAAGAUGUAUUUGGUAAUAUUUUCGAGAAAGUCUCCAAAGCUGAGGAGGAAGUAAGGCUAAAGGAGUUGCAACUUGAGAAAGCCAGAGUGAAGUGGCUGAGAGAGGGCGACGCAAAUACUCGGUAUUUUCACUCCCACCUGUUGGAUAAGCGGGCACGGCUCUCGAUCACUAGGAUCUGCAAUUUAGAGGGUGAGGUUGUUGAAAGUGCAGAUGACAUUGGGACAGCGGCAGUGGCUUUCUUUCAAUCGCUGUUAGCGGAGGUUCUACCAAUAAACAACAUUGCUAUUUGCAGGCUGCUAGAGGCCAUCCCACCUCUUGUUACCCCAGAUCAGAAUGCGCAACUCUUCCAGGAAAUUACGCUAGAGGAAGUGUGGCAAGCCGUCUUUGAACUCGAUGGCCAAAGUGCAGCGGGUUGUGAUGGAUUUUCGGGUAAUUUUUACAAGCGCUGCUGGGAUAUAAUUGCACAGGAUGUCCUCCAAACUGCUCUGGAGUUCAUGUGUGAUGUCCCAAUCCCGAAGGGAAUAGUGAGCACUCUGAUCCUCCUAUUGCCUAAAAAGGAGGCUCCGCAUUCUUUUGCGAACUUCCGGCCCAUAAGCCUGUGCAACUUUAUCAACAAGGUAUUCACCAAAAUCCUGAGCAACUGUUUAAAAGUUGUUCUCCCAACGAUUAUCUCUCUUGAGCAAUCGGGCUUCGUCAGUGGCAGGGAUAUCGCUGAUAAUAUCUUGCUUGCCCAGGAGCUGGUGAAUUCCAUAGACAAGAAGGCCUGGGUUCACAACGUCAUUUUCAAGUUAGACAUGAUGAAAGCUUUUGAUCGAGUUUCGCAGGAUUUCCCCUCCCAAUUAUUGCUUCAAUUUGGCUUUCACUCCCACUUUGUCUCUUUAAUUAUGAACAACCUCACAUCUGCAUGGUUUUCAAUAUUGGUCAACGGUCGACCUCAUGGUUUCUUUCAAGCUAAGCAGGGAUUGAAGCAAGGCGACCCGUUAUCCCCCUUCCUCUUCAUCUUGGUGUCUGAAGCUUUAAGCCGAGGGGUUAAUAACUUGGCUCUGCAACGGAAGUUACAGCCUUUUGCUUUGGGCAGCCACUGCCCGACGGUAUCGUAUCUGGCUUUUGCAGACGAUAUAGUCAUUUUUACUCGGGGGGACAAUCGCUCGGUGCAGUCUCUCAUGGGCUUCUUGGAGUUGUAUCAACACGGCUCCGGUCAGCGAGUGAACAAGGAUAAAAGUUUCUACAUUGUCUCUCCGAAGUGUCCUCUAGCGGCUAAAAGGCUUCUAUCUCGGAGAACCGGCUUUCAAUAUAAGGGACUUCCUUUUGUCUACUUGGGAUGCAAGCUUGUGAAAGGAAAAAUGAGGAUGGAGCAUUUUCAGCCUUUGAUUGAUAGGAUACAGGCUAAGUUGGUUGGAUGGAAAAACCGGCUCCUGUCGCCAGGGGGACGGUUAAUUCUCAUUAAGCAUGUGCUAUCUUCUAUACCCAUCUACACUCUGGCCGUCUCGGAGCUCCCGCGAGGUGUGAUUAAGAGGAUUGAAAAACUAAUGUCCACUUUCCUUUGGGGAGAGGUUGAGGGACGUGACAAGCGUCAUUGGAGGAAAUGGCAAGCAUUGUGUAAGCCUACCCAAGAAAAUGGCCUAGGCCUCCGUCGUUUACAGGAUGUCCAGGAUGCUUUUGGGUGCAAGCUAUGGUGGAAAAUGCGCACUUCAGAUACCUUGUGGACCAGAUUUAUGCGUGCGAAACAUGUCGCAGUCACGGAGCAUCUAACCACUACUCCUGCCAGCCAGACAAGCUCAGCUGUUUGGAAGAGAAUGUUGCGAGUUAGGGACUUCGUUGAGGAACAUUCGCAAACCUUGAUUAAGAAUGGGAGUGCUUCCUUCUGGUAUGACAACUGGAUCGGCUCCGGUCCGUUGGGCAAGCAUCGCUUGCACGUCCCCUCCCCGAACCUCUACCUUCGGGAUGUAUUGCACGAUAACAUUUGGCACUUGGACCAGCGGUUGGGCUUUAAUUUACCCUCCAAGUGCCCUUAUUGCGACACACUAGCCCAUUGGUUUGUGGAAUGUUCUUUGGCAACCCAAGUGUGGGGAAAGCUGGAACAAUUGCUAGACAUCCGGGCACCUUCUCAUCAUGAUAUCAUACUGAAACUUCAAGGCUGGUGGAGCAACAUUUCAGGUAAAUCUGCCAUGGCAAAGCUGUCACACAUUGUCCCCUUAUUUGUCUGCUGGGAACUUUGGAAGGCACGUAGUUGGGCCAUUUUCGAUGCUACUACGCCGUCGGCAACUCAUGUUGUGCGCCAGAUCCUGCGUUUGAUACAUUUGAUGGCCCUUGCUCACCCUCUCUCCUUGGCAUGCAUGAACGAUGACCGGCUUCUGAAACGGGGAGUUGUUCCUUUUCUUAAAAAGGCAAAAUCUACGCAAGUCCUAUCUCUUGCAUGGGCUCCGCCUCCUGCAUCUUACGUCAAGCUCAAUAUUGAUGGCUCUUCAAGCGGUAAUCCUGGAAACUCUGGCGGGGGCAUUAUACGCGAUCAGCAUGGCCACGUCCUUAGUGCUUUCUCCUCCUUUUACGGGUUUCGGACGAAUAUGCAAGCAAAGGCCAUGGCUGUUCUUGAGGGUUUACAUUUAUGUAUCUCCUUUGGUAUGCAGUACAUAAAGGUGGAACUGGAUUCUCUUGUUCUACUAAAUGUCAUUAAUGGGGAACACAGGUGCCCCUGGCGCAUUGAUGAGGUGAUAGCUAGGGCUCGAGUAGCCCUUCGUCAAGCUUCCUUUGAAUUAACACAUUGCUACAGAGAAACCAAUGCUGCAGCUGAUAGCCUUGCAAAACGGGUGGUUUCAUCUGGCGACUCGAAGGUUUUUGAUGCCCUCUCUCUUCCUACACUCACGACAGGCCUCUGUAAGCUAGACUCUAGGCAGUACCCCUACAUUCGCUAUGCGAUUGGUGUCAAAAGUUACAAAAAGAGCCAAAAUUUCAAAAGAUUAGUUAUUCCAAAACGUGCUCAGGCCAGAGACCGCAGAACUGCAUUAAAAAGCCGGAUCGCGGGCCCUAUCCCUGGAGCUACCAUUAUUCUUGGGAGACAUAUUUUGAACCUACGUGUGAUUAGGAACCUUUUCAAAGGAGAUCUUUGGCAACAACUAAAAGAGGAACAUAGGGAAGCAAUCCUUUUUGGAAACAAACUGGGAAUUGGAAGACUCGAAUUUGAUCCCGAGAUCGAGAAAAUCGUAAGGACGUUGAUGAAAGAGACGAAGUUGCAAAAGCAACAAGUUUCAACGGCACAACCAUCUGGACUUGAGCAAAAUCCUGAUUUAAGUGAUUCAUCAGUUGACCUGGAAGCAAACUUGCUUGCACCCAACAAGACAAUGGUAGCCCAAAGGACCUUGAGGAAGUUUGCAACCUCGAAUGUUAACCAACAGCCUCUGUGCAUUACGUAUAUUGACACUGAGGAGGAUUUUGAACUAAAAUCUGGUUUAAUUCACUUAUUACCUACUUUUCGUCGUGUUGCAGGUGAGGAUCCAUACAAGCACUUCAAAGAAUUCCAUGUAGUGUGUUCAACCAUGAGACUUCAGGGAGUGACGGAGGAACAAAUCAAGUUGCAUGUGUUUCCAUUUUCCUUAGCAGACAAGGCCAAGGACUGGUUGGUCUACUUGCCAUCGGGGUCCAUCACUACAUGGGAAUGA